UCCCACAAUGCCUUGAAAGACAUCCUUGCUUUUCUGUGUCAGUCAUGCUGCCUGCUAGGCUCACACAUGUGUGAGAGCGAACGUUUGUGUGCCUUCUCCGUUUGCGGACAUGCUGUUUAGUGUCACAAAGAAGACAAUGAGAAACCUUUUAUUGUCCUGGUGGAAUGUGGCGGGAGAAGACAACGGGAGAGUAUGUCAUCGUCCUCGGUGCUUGGCACCAGUGUCCAGUCGGCUCGCACCGUGACACACCACGGCAUGAGAGAGGCAGGAGUGCUGUUCAGGAUACAUGAUGAUGUUUGUGGAGUCUGAAUCAAGGAUCAAAAACAUGCACUGACGAAAGGAGACUAUACACACACCAGCAUCUGAGAGACCCUGGACAUGGAGCUUCUCCCCCUGAGCGUGGUGAGUCACGGAGCUCGCCUUCGUCUGCAAGCGGACCCUUUGUGGCUUCAGCGCCAAGCCGUGGAGGAGCAGGUGGAGCUGUGGUGGUUCAACGAGCCGCACGUGUCUCUCCUGUGCUACUGCUUUUCAGUGGUCAUGGUUCUGAGCCUGGGCUCGGCCGGCGUGGGGCUCCUCUCGACCGCCUCCUCCGCCGCCGGGCCCUCGGUGCUGUGGCGCUUGGGUGUAGGCUCCACUCUCUGUCUCCUGGCUCUGGUGGUCCUCAUGAAACAGCUGCUCAGCUCUGCAGUGCAAGACAUGGGCUGCAUACGCAGCCGCAGACGCAUUGAGCAGCUGCGCAGCGGAGGAACGGUGGAUCCCGUGCUGUUGCUCUUCACUGGUCUGGCUCUGGUGGUGUGUGGGACUACGCUGCUCAGUCUCACUCAGCUGGACAUGCUGCUCUCUGGUGUGAGCCUCCUGGCCUGUGGGGGCGCUGUGGUGCUGGGCGUGAUGGCGUAUGGAGUGAAGGUUUAUGUGCAGGGAAGGAGAAACACGAGAAGGCGAAGACGGAGAAGGGUGAGAGUGUAUACAGUGACGGGGCAAAGGAACCGACCGUGGAGGGAUUCAACUUCCAGUCAGUCAAAUUUGUUGUGAAAGAAGAAUCAAGAGAUCCAUCAUGAUAUUAAAGGAUUAGUUCACCCAAAAAUGACAAAUUAGCCCAUAUUUUACUCACCCCCGAGCCACUCUAGGUGUAUAUGACUUUUUUCUGCUCGACUCUCUUGCAAAUGUGCAUAUAGUCGUUGGCUGAAGUCAAUGAUUUCAGCUUAGAAUUUUAAAAAUAGAAAUAUUUUUGCUACAAAAACCCAUCACUCUGCUUCAGAAGACAUGUGUCCAUGGUGUAUGGGUUAGUUUUACAACAGAUAUAUACAAUUUAAGGAGCUUCAAAAUCAUGGCCAUCCACCAGCAUUACCAAGCUUUGAAGAACCAGGAUAGAUUUUUUUAAAAACUCAGACUUUGUUCGUCUGAAAGAAGAAAAUCAUAUACACUAGUGGUGCAAUGGAUCGAAAUCAAAAUCACUUUCAGUCACGAUCACGUCUGAUCAGUUUUUGGAUCAGCAAAAAAAAGUAUGCUUUUCAUUUAUUACUAAAAGCUUACUUUAGGUACUUCUGUAACCCAGCAGAAAGUCAGUAAUACAACAAGAACAACUGCACAAAUUACAAGCAUAGAUGAACAGCCUACAACAUAAAAUUAUAGACUAUAUAAAGCACAAUAACUUUGUGUGCAUAACACAUAAACGGCACCAGAGCCCUGAUUCGAUUCAUCUGUGUGGUCAGAAAUUGCUUGAAUGUGUCAAAUUAAAACUUUCAGUUUAUGCUGGUUGAAUGGAACAGCUAAUCCACGAAUCACAUGCGUGCCAAACCAUGGAACCAAAGAUCAUCUAUGAUUCGUUGCACCCCUAAUAUACACAGAGGAUGGCAUGAGCGUGAGUAAUUCAUGGGGUCAAAUUUAAUUUUUGGGUGAACUAUUCAUUCAAGACCUAUUUGAUGUGUAAAACCCAACUGGUGUUCAUUUUACACCUGCAGUUUGGCUUGAAGACAUCUUUAUUGACAAUCGAACAUCAUUUCUCAUUUUACGUGUGGUUUUAAUGAGCUUCUGUCAAUGGACCUUAUAGUUGGAAUCAAAACGAAUAUUUCGUAACUGUAUGGAAAUUAAUCUUGAAUUGAACACCUGGAAUGAAUGCACAAUGUACAGCAAAGUUCACUCUUUUGAAUACCAUAUCCCAGAAUGCAUUGCGUUCAACUUCACCGUGUAUUUCCAAUCUGAUGAUUGAACAGAAACUUCUAGCACACUGGCAUACAACUUGCACUGUGUCUGUGGCAAAAAGUAAGCAUAGUCUCUUGACUCGAAGUGAAGUUGUUAACUUGAAGUCUACGCAGCUGUCUAUAGUUGGCGCUAAAAACUGGCAACAGUUAUUUCUAUACACAGUUAUUAUAUUUGUUGAAUGACCGAGUAUCCACAAUUGCUGAUGAAAUCUAUGAUAGAGUCUAUACAGCUGCAUUCAAAGUAAGCGGUAUAUGUGUAAUAUAGUCAUGAGCUCUACAUAAUUGUAUUAAUUCACCUAAUACAAUGUUGUGCUAAUUUCAUGCUAGGCGGUGAAAUAUAUGUACAUAAGCAUGUUUCUUCAAUUAUUUUUUUUUUUUUUUGCUGGAGUAUUAAAGAUAAGAUACAUUUUUAAGACAGACUCAGACAUUUAGAAAAAACAUUCAAAGAAAAAGCCACAAAAGUAAUAAGUACAGUUAACAAUUAUUAUGGAUGGAUUAAUUUUCAUAAGUUUGAGAUGUUGAGCUGUUGUGUAAACUGUGAUCAUAAGACAUGUAUGCAAAACCCAUUAGAUUCAGCCCUUGAAUGUCUUAAAUGAAUAUUAAGGGUUUAUAUCCAAGUCAAGCUCAAUCAACAGCAUUUGUGGUGUAAAUAUUAUUAGCAAAAUAAUAAUAAUUACUUCAAUUAUAAUAAUUACUUCAAUUAAUUAAAAAUUCUUGUAUUAAAAUAAUAUAUGUGUAUUAUUUGUUCUGUAAAGCUGUUUAAAUCAUUUUAUUUUCAUUUUUAAUUAUGGGCAUAAGCAGAAUGGUUAGUGAUUUUUUUCCAGAAUUUAAUCAUUUUUGAGCUUGAUUCAUGCUCAUUUGUGGCUGUACAGUGUUUAGUAUUUUUACAUUUACGGAUUGGCUCCAUUCACGUCCAUUGUGAGCUCCUCUAUAACCUUUUAAGUAAAGGAUG